AUGGCCGACCCAACACCCUCCUCGUCGACACAACCGCCCGCCGAGCCCGUGCUCUCCUCCGACCCUGCCAAGGACAAAGCACUCAAAGCCUACAAAAAGGCGCUCAAGCAGCACAACGAGCUCUCGGAAAACCUCAAGAAGCUCCGCUUCGGCCUCAAAGACCUCGAAAAGGCGUACGACAAGACCGAAGAUGACAUCAAAGCUCUCCAGUCCGUCGGUCAGAUCAUCGGCGAAGUGCUCAAGCAGCUCGAUGAGGAGCGCUACAUUGUCAAGGCCUCCUCGGGGCCACGCUACGUUGUCGGGAUCCGAGCCAGCGUACCCAAGCACAAGCUCAAGCAGGGUGUGCGUGUUUCGCUCGACAUGACCACGCUCACCAUUAUGCGUAUUCUCCCACGCGAGGUCGACCCGCUGGUGUACAACAUGAGCAUGGAGGAUCCGGGCGCGGCGAGCUUUGCUGGAAUCGGUGGUCUGGGGGAUCAGAUCCGCGAGUUGCGAGAAGUGAUCGAACUGCCCUUGCUCAACCCGGAACUCUUCAUGCGAGUCGGUAUCAAGCCACCCAAAGGUGUUUUGCUCUACGGUCCCCCAGGAACUGGCAAAACCCUCCUCGCCCGUGCCGUCGCCAGCACGCUCGAAACCAACUUCCUCAAAGUCGUCUCGUCGGCCAUCGUCGACAAGUACAUCGGCGAAUCGGCUCGGUUGAUCCGCGAAAUGUUCGGUUACGCCAAGGAACACGAGCCAUGUAUCAUCUUUAUGGACGAGAUCGAUGCGAUCGGAGGUCGAAGGUUUAGCGAAGGCACGUCGGCGGAUCGCGAGAUCCAGCGAACGCUCAUGGAGCUGCUCAACCAAAUGGACGGCUUCGACUACCUCGGCAAGACCAAGGUCAUCAUGGCCACCAACCGACCCGAUACGCUCGAUCCAGCGCUCAUGCGACCCGGUCGAAUCGAUCGCAAGAUCGAAAUCCCCCUCCCCAACGAACAGUCGCGAUUGGAGAUCUUGAAGAUUCACACCAAACCAGUGGCCAAGAAAGAGGAGCUGGAUUACGAGGCCAUCGUCAAGCUCAGCGACGGCUUCAACGGCGCCGAUCUGAGGAACGUUGCGACAGAGGCGGGCAUGUUUGCUAUCAGGGAUGAUAGGGAUUAUUGCGUCCAGGAAGACUUUAUGAAGGCAGUGCGAAAGUUGCAAGAGGCCAAGAGACACGAGUCCAAGAUCGAUUACAGUGCCGUAUGA